AUGGGGAGAGUGUGGGCCGCCUGGUUUCAACAUGCAGAGCUCUUCAAGGCUGAUGCCCCCUUCCACUCUAAAGUCAAGAUGAUCCGCACUCUCAUACAAGGGACGUGGCAGUGGGUCGCUGGAGCUGUGCAUUGGAAUGCUGACGACCUCGUGGCAUUCAACACUCUGCAGGUUCGUAUAUACCGCCUGGCGUUUGGACUACAUGUUGGCUUCAUGCACAACACAUUGAGCGAUGGUCCACCACGGUGCUUCGACUACAACACCAAUUGGCUGGACACUGGGGACGUCAACGAGAGGGACAGGAACUUAGUUUGGCUGCGGCCAUGCUUCGCUGGCGGGACAUGGAAUGGUGGAGACAUGAACAAGAGUGGCCAGUGCCAUUUGGUCGUCGUCAUCCGGGGCGUUUUUACGCUGAUAACCUUGAGAGGAGGCUUAGUUUCGUCUUUGGCAACAAAUGGAUGCUGUGCACUACGGACAGAAACAGAUGGCGUGAAGGGCUACAGCUGUGGCUCCAACAGUUUGACCUAUGGUUUUGCUCACUUUGAGCGCUUGGAUGGGCGCGCUGCUGGGGCGCGCUACUGUGUCCUCACCCAGCCCGAGCAGCAAACAGCCGUUGCCAACACCUUCCUCGUCGUCAGCAUGGAGCUCCUCGUGGAACACACAGGAUGGUCAAUGGGAAUCGCCGGGACCAUCGCCAUCGUCGACAUGGAGCUCUUCGUGGACGACGGGGAGAUGCUACAAAGUAUGGAGAUGCCAGCACCGAUCCUUCGAGGACUUGGGAUGAUUGGUCGGGCACCGAUCAGCCAGAUGCGCAUCAAUGGCGAUC